AGCGGACCAAACGGGCCAGGCCCUAGAAAUCCCAGAAAUCCUGAUAACUCCGGAACAGGAGAUAACAGUCAAAGGAGAUCAUAUCCAAAGGAGAAACGCAUCGGAGAUCCCAUUCACUUUGAUGGGAAUCGAAAGGACGCAGUCAGAUGGUUCAUUUCUGUCAGAGUAUAUUUAGAAGAAAAUCACGAGAUAUACGACACAGAAGAAUCAUGGGUUAAGUUUGCUACUCAACGAAUGACCAAAGGAACGGCACGAGAAUGGGUAGAUUCAUUCUACCAGAAGGUUCUUGCACGGGAAUAUCAGUAUGCCCGUGCUAAAAAGAAAGAAAGUGCCUGGGGAACAUGGGAGGAGUUUGGUGAACAAUUUUGGUUAUCAUUCAAACCCCUAGACCAAGAAAACUCGGCCAUCUCGGAGAUGCAAACCUUAACUCAGAAGAAGUGCCGAACUUUAGAUGAUUAUAUCCAGAAGUUCCAAUCAGCCUUCAUGCGGUCAAAAUUACCCGAUGGCAAAACAAUCGUUCAAAUGUUCAUGAGAGGUUUAGAUCAAGAUCUCGCGUUAUCAAUUAUUAAUCGCGGAAAACCUCCUGAAACAUUAGCCGAUUGGAUA